GACUGCACAGGUUAUUGCAGGCAACGACGUUGCCAUGGAAGCUGGUUUAAGCGUAAUGCCUCGUUGCCCUACACUCGUCUCUACUUCGACCUGGAAGAUGCUUGCUUUUCCAUUCACCAGCUGUAUUUUACUUUAAUUACGACUCGUUGUCGUCUUUUAAGUACUUACUCGCCCACUCGUCAGUGACUUGUGACUGACGAUUGGACCAAUUGCCUGCCACUUUUGUGGCCAGAUAAACAUCUAAUUUGGCGGCCUGUGUCUUUAUUUUCCUCCGGAGUCAAAUUGCCCCAAAUAAAGAUGGAGAUUAAUCUAAAUCGAGUUGACUAUAUCCAGGUUGGCGUAACAUCCCAAAAAACAAUGAGGCUGCUGCCAGCACUUGGAAAAAAAACCACCCAGAAGGUAGCUGUUGCUGACAAUGAUGGCAUCUUGACAUGUUUUGGGAUGAAGAAGAGCGAGGCAGUACCUGUCUUCAAAACACUCCCGGGGCAGAAAAUAUCCCGAAUGGACCUAGGUGGAGCGGCUGGAACGCCGCAGGAGAAGAUCUUCGUCUGCUCAGGAUCUCAAGUGCGAGGAUUCACCAAGAAGGGCAAACAGUUCCUCACCUUUGACGCCAAUCUCACUGAGAGCAUCAAUGCCAUGCAUGUGUCUGGCGCCGACCUCUUUGUGUGCGCCAGCUACAUCUACAAUCACUACUGCGACUGCAAGGACCAGGACUACUUCCUUUCAGGGGACAAGAUCAACGACAUCGUCUGUUUGUCCUCGGAGAACCUGUCUCGCCCUGUCCCUGUGCUGGCGUGUCAGGAUCGCGUUCUCAGGGUGCUGCAGGGAUCUGAGCUGGCCUACGAGGUAGAGGUGCCCGGACCUCCAUCUGUGCUAGAACGCUACAACAAAGAUGGAGGAGAGGACAUCCUGUACGGGACAACGGACGGCAAAAUCGGCCUGAUUCACAUUGGCGAGGGUUCUGCGGCGACCAAAUGGGAGAUUGACAACGACAAAAAGAAAGGAGGAAUUCUCUGCCUCGACGCCUAUGACAUCACGGGCGACGGUGUGAGGGACGUCCUGGUGGGCCGCGACGACGGGACGGUGACCGUUUACAGUUUUGAUAGUGGCAACGAGCCCGCACUACGUUUUGAGCUUGCUUUGUCAGAAAGCGUGACCUCCAUCCAGGGAGGCUGUGUGGGAAAAGAGUCCUAUGACGAGAUCUUGACUGCCACCUACACAGGUUGGGUGACAGGUUUGACCACGGAGCCACAAAAGGCUGAAGUGGGUGCUGGAGAUGAGGUCAGGAUGAGUAAGGAGGUUCAGUCCAAAGUGGAAGGUCUCAGGGCGGAGCUGGAGCAGCUCCAGGUCAAAGUUCAGCUGGGCCGCGAGCAGUACCAACAGACAUCACUGUCCAAGACUGCCGUCUCCGUGGUGCCUGCCUUCAGCAUCAACGACAAGUUUACGCUGUGCCAGGACGACGCCAGCUACAGCCUCACGCUGGAGGUGCAGACGGCCAUUGACAACUUGCUGCUCCAGAGCGACGUCCCCAUCGACCUGCUGGAUGUGGACAACAACUCUGCGGUGGUCAGCUUCAGCGAGUGUGACUCUGAGCAGCCUAAUGGCAACUUCCUGCUGGCCACUUACCGGUGUCAAGCCAACACCACCAGAUUGGAGCUCAAAGUGAGGUCCAUCGAAGGGCAAUAUGGCACCUUGCAGGCUUAUGUCACCCACAGACUGCAGCCCAAGACGUGUCAGGUUCGGCAGUAUCACAUCAAACCUCUGUCUCUUCACCAACGCACACACAGCAUCGACCAGGACAGGCCCAUGAACAGGCUGAGUCUGGUGGGACAGUUUAGUUUCGCAGAGAUCCACUCCUGGGUGGUCUUCUGUCUGCCGGAGGUGCCGGAGAAGACGCCGGCGGGAGAGAGCGUCACCUUCUACUUCCUCAACACCUUCCUGGGCACACAGUUGCACGCUACUUACAGCAAAGGGGAGGGUCACUUCAAGUCGGACAACAUCUCCACCAUCUCCAUCCUGAGUGACGUCCUAUCCAAAGAGGCCACCAAACGCAAAAUCAACCUGAACAUUUCCUACGAUAUCAACGACGACUCAGUGAGCCACACGCUCAAGAUGAUCCACCCUAAAUUGGAAUACCAGCUGGUGCUAGCAAGAAAAGUUCAGCUCAUUGAUGCACUAAAAGAGUUAGAGCUUCACGAGGGCAACGCAGAUUUCCUGAUCGCAGAAUAUCGCAGCAUCCUGGACGAAUCGGCCAGUCUGCUGGAGGAGUACAAGAGGCAGCCGGCGCAUCUGGAGAGGCUUUACGGCAUGAUCACGGACCUCUUCAUCGAUAAAUUCAAGUUCAAAGGACAGAAUGUGAAAGCCAGAGUAUCUUCACUAUUGGAGAUCCUGGAUGGUUAUGAUUUAAAUUCAUUAUUAGACUUUUUCAGGGAGGCUUAAUCAUGUUGUGUCCAUGUGAGAUAUUUUUGUAUUUUUUGCCUAUAUUUAAACAAGUACGAUUUAAAAAAAAAAAUAGAUAUCCACUGCUUUCACUUUAGUUCAUGUGAUGCUUCAGUAUGUUGUAAUAUAUAAUUUUCAUACCAGUGUGGUGAUGAAUAAACCACUAUAUUGAUGAUUUUA